AGUCGCUCAUUCCGAUUCUUCCUCUCCCGUCUUCUUCUUCUUCUUCCCUUUCUGUUUUUUUCUCAGAAACCAAACACUCCGCCCGCCCGCCCGCCUCCCUAACUGCAAAUCCAAUUGCCUUCCAAAAAUGGCAGCAGCAGCGGCGCCCGUAGUCCCCGACAACCUCACCAGAGACCAGUACGUGUACCUGGCCAAGCUCGCCGAGCAAGCCGAGCGCUACGAGGAGAUGGUCCAGUUCAUGCAGAAGCUCGUGCUCGCUUCGACCCCAGCGGCCGAGCUCACCGUCGAGGAGCGGAACCUCCUCUCCGUCGCCUACAAGAACGUCAUCGGCUCCCUCCGCGCGGCCUGGAGGAUCGUCUCCUCGAUCGAGCAGAAGGAGGAAGGGAGGAAGAACGAGGAGCACGUGGCGCUCGUCAAGGACUACAGAUCCAAGGUGGAGAGCGAGCUCUCGGACAUCUGCGCCAGCAUCUUGAACUUGCUCGACUCGAAUCUGGUGCCGUCCGCGGCAUCCAGCGAGUCCAAGGUGUUCUACUUGAAGAUGAAGGGGGAUUACCACAGGUAUUUGGCCGAGUUCAAGGCUGGGGACGAGAGGAAGACCGCUGCGGAAGAUACUAUGCUUGCUUAUAAGGCUGCUCUGGAGAUUGCUGCUGCGGAUCUUGCCCCAACGCAUCCUAUUAGGCUGGGUCUGGCACUCAAUUUCUCUGUGUUCUACUUCGAGAUCCUCAACCAGUCUGACAAAGCUUGCAGUAUGGCUAGACAGGCUUUUGAGGAAGCCAUUGCUGAAAUAGACACAUUGGGGGAAGAAUCGUACAAAGACAGCACCUUGAUCAUGCAACUUCUGAGGGACAACCUCACUCUUUGGACAUCAGAUGUGCAGGAACAAUUAGACGAGCCCUAGAGAUGGCCGGCAGGGUAUCAACUUGGGUGGGGAGCAGUCCUAGCCUUCUUUUGUGAAGGAGGAGGUGGGCUUUGAAUGUCAUGUUUAUUCGUGGUCUCCUGAUUAUGACCUGAAAAGUUUGUGUUUAGUUUGAUGUGAGAACUUUUGCAUCGACACACUAUGAAUGAGAUGCUGAUUUUUCUUGUAUUGAACUUGCUUGCGAGUCGCAGUCCCAGAAAAGUAUAGCCAUAUUAUCAUUCAUGUCCCUUCCCUUUUUGCUUUGUGCUUUUGCCUAGUUGUAUAUUCGUAUUGCGCACUAACGAAAAAAAAUGAGUGUAUACUAUUCGCCCAGGUCAAAAUUUAUUAAUAUGAUGAUACAAGUAACAUACUAUCAUUGACUAAUCAAUUCUUUACUCUUAA